UCACUCCAGUACAGUAGGUGGCGGUCCAUGGCUCUUUGAGGUGGUUGCGAUUCGCCAAUACAAAUUUAAAGAAGAAGUUUAAUUAGCUAGCUGACAACUCUUCUAGGGUGUAUUUUUACAACUCUCAGUUGAAGUACAAGUAUAGUCUAUAGAUCGCAUAGGAAGAUGGAAGACGACGUUUUAACAACACUGAAAAUAUUAAUAAUUGGAGAAAGUGGCGUUGGGAAGUCCAGUCUUCUCUUAAGAUUCACAGAUGACACAUUUGAUCCAGAACUAGCAGCAACAAUAGGCGUUGAUUUCAAAGUGAAGACCAUCUCAGUGGAUGGGAACAAGGCAAAGUUGGCAAUAUGGGACACGGCUGGCCAGGAGCGUUUCCGAACCCUGACACCUAGUUAUUACCGCGGCGCGCAGGGAGUCAUCCUGGUGUAUGAUGUAACACGACGGGAUACUUUCACCAAGCUGGACAACUGGCUCAAUGAGCUGGAGACGUACUGCACAAGGAAUGACCUUGUCAAGAUGCUGGUCGGGAACAAAAUUGAUAAGGAAAACCAUGAACUAGACAGGAACGAAGGCCUGAAGUUUGCAAGAAAACAUUCCAUGCUGUUUAUAGAGGCCAGUGCUAAGACGCGUGAUGGGGUCCAGUGUGCGUUUGAGGAGCUGGUUGAGAAGAUCAUCCAGACCCCUGGACUGUGGGAGAGCGAGACGCAGGGCCGAGGGGUCCAGCUGGGCCUGCGGGACCAGGAUGCAGGGGGUGGCUGUGGGGGUUACUGCUCCUUGGUAUAGACCCACACUACAUUUACACACAACGCGCGCACAUACAAAGCAUACUCAUACACACACACACAUACGAAACGCACCCCACACACACACUCACUUGAAAGACACACCCAACCAAACACUCACACUGAUGGCUGAUGUCCUGCGACGAGGACUAUAAAAGCUAUAGUUUUCAGACUAUUUCCCACAUCAGCCCCUGAGGUGUGGAGUGAUGCAGGGCUGCUCCUGACCAGCACCCUCCGCUCACUGGCUGUGAUCAUUCAUAGGGAUGUUGCUGUUUGCACACUUCCUGUUAUCAUGGCUAUAAUUCUGUUUUAAAGGUACUGUCGGUCUUUCUGAAAAUGAAAUUGGUGUAUGACUUGGUGGAAUAGUGAGGUGGGGCACAGUACCAUGGAUAGCAGAUGGGGGUAUUAUUUUCAUUUAGAAAAUCAUUUUCUAUCACCAUUUCUCAAUUACGGUUGUAUCGAGUUUUGUUUGUCCUCCCCCUCAACACUUUUUCUCUGUAGAAUUCCCCCCCUAUUUUCUCUCCUUUAACACUUUGUUCCUCUUAGCAAGGCGAGCUAGUGUGUGUUGACAGCUAGUGUGUGUUGGCUGCAGGGAUGAUUCUCCAGCGUGUGCAUCUACCCUGUGUGAUCAUGCAACCUUGUUCUCCAGUGCUCGCCCUCCUAACAGCGCUGCAGUUGAUUUUCUUGUCAGGCCAAGCCUUCAUGUAUUCUCUCUCUUUUUGUCUCUUCCACAAGCUGCCUCUUUUUUGUUCUGAAAAUUAUACAGUCACCAUGUUUUUGGAACAAAGUUUCACAACUUUUCCUGACUUGGACUCAAAACUUUCAGCAUUUUCUUGAAGGGUUUAUAAAUCAAACAGAUUGGCACAGGAGGGUUGGCUAUCCAUUGUGUGUGUGUGUGUUAUGAGAAAGAAACUAAACGAACCAACGCUGCAUGUUGGUUGUUCUAAUGGGCUGUGACCAGCCUGGUUAUCUGCCACUCGGACAGUUAAAUAUUAAUGUCAGUAUCAGCGCUAGCGUCAGUCUUGCUUCAGCUUUUCAUAAUGCAUCCCUAUAUGGAAAAAAGACCCAACGUUUUCUAUAUUACAGAAUACAUUGAGUCAUAUGGGUGUUGGCAUUGAAAUCAAAGAAUGUGUAAGACCUGUAAAAAAAAGUGUUUCAAUGCUCUGUCUCCACGUUCCAUGUCCUUAGACCUUGCCUGUAGUUCUUGAGAGCCAGGAAGAAUGUGUUGGGAAAUGUAGUUUUGGGUGACCGUACCUAUGGUAUAUUUGUCAGGAGUGACUCUGAUGCCUUUACAGUAUGUCUAAUCAGAAUAUAAUUAUUUCUUAUCCUUAAUUGCAUGUAGAAUUCUUUUAAUUUUUCAUGUUUGUUCUAUAAAUGCCUUGCAGAGACAGUUGCAUUGUGUCCCAAAAUGGCACCCUAUAACUAUAUAGCGCACUACUUUCAACCACCGUGGUCUAAAGUAGUGCACUACAUAGAAUUAGGGUGCCAUCUCGGACACAAACUUGGACUGUAUGAACCACACAUACACAACAAUUGAGUUAAAUGGACCUUGCAUAGAGAUGUUUUAUUUGUCCUGAAUGAACUAGAUGUCUGCUUUAUGAUUGAAAUGACAGAGGCUUUAACUCUUGAACUUGUUCUUUUCUGUUUAUAUGUGACAGCAUAUAAACACAUUGUAAAUUCAUGUGUGCGUUUCGGAAUACUUAUGAAAAUAUGUAUAAUUCCUGUGUGGAUUGUAAAAUUUGAAUGUAUACAUACUACAAUUAUAAAACCGCCCUAUGUAUUAAAGUGAAUAAAGUAAUUUUUAAAGGA